AUGGUGCUGCAAGCAGCGCCGGAGCUCGCGCGGCGCGGCGCCUGGAGGGCAGUCAUCGCUGGGGCGCAGCAGCUGCUCUCCUCGGCGGCAGGCCGCUCGGGCACGGCGCCGCCGCUGGAGGAUCAGCUCGCGCUGCGACACCUGCGACUCUCCGGUCUCGUCAAGCUGCGGCAGAUCCCGACGGCGGAGCGCGAGAUCUCUCUGCUCGGCGACCUCACCGGGCCGGCGUGGUACUACGAGACACACGCGCCGAGCGGCGGCGGCGGCGGCUCCGCGCAGCAGGGAUCGAUGGCGCCCUUUGCGCUGCUGCACCUGCAUGCACUGAUGCCGUCGUUCGCAGGAAACCACGUCGCCUCGGUGGGCCGCGUCCUCGCGCUGCUCUCUCUCGUGCAAGGCGCGCCCUGGCCCGAGGCGAGCUGGCCGGCAGAGGCGGCGGCGGCGGUGGCCGCGUCGCAGGCUGGCCGCGCGCGCGCAGCGGAGCAGAGGCUGGCUCUCCACGUCAGCCUCGUGAACCAGUACGCCGCGUCGGGCGACUGGCCGCUCGCCAUCGCCCACCUCGAGGGGCUGCUGGGCGGAGGGCUCGGCGGAGAGGCGGCCGGUGCGGGUUGCGGCGGCGGGGGAGAGCGGGGAGCCGGGCGAAAAGGCGGGGAGGGCGAUGGCGGCGGAGGGGAUCGGGAGCUGCUCUCUCUGCUCGGCCGCCUCUACCUGCAAGCCGGCAACAUCGACGCGGCCGAGGACGCGUUCGAGCGGCGCGAGUGCCUCGACGGGGACGCCGAGAAAGACCCAGAGGUGCGGGCCAACCGCGGCCACCUCCUCGUCGCAUGCGGCGUCUUCGAGGGCGCGAUCGCGGAGUACGGCGCAGCGCUCGACCUCACAGGCGGCCGCCACGCCGUCGCCGCGAACAACCGCGCCACUUGCUUGCUGUACCGUGGCCGCCUCGCCGAGGCCAUCGCAGCACUCGAGGCGUUCCUGAGGCUCGAGCCGGCAGCUCACGCCACGCCCGCCGUCGGCGCCUAG